AUGAAAAGUACCCGUGCCGUUUCAGUCUCAUGCGUUAGGGACCUUUGCGUACUGACUGUGGUCGUUCUGACUUCCAUUCCUCGAAUUUUGGAGAUCUUUAUACCAACGAUCUUCAAGCCAAUCAAUCAUUACCCGCUCUAACUACCCAGAUUGUUGUGUGACGACGAGCACUCAGCUACACAACGCAAAUAGUAGAAGCUGCUCGUCUUGGGGCUCUUCUAUAAACAUGGAACAAAUUCAUGAGCUGACACUCACAAAUAUCCGGAGAUAUGCUGUGGACGCGCGAGAAAUGCAGGGUGAAUUAAUGGACGUGGACGCGUCGCACACCAAAACACGCCUCGAGCAAACCAUUAAAGAGUUGCAAGGCCGCGUCUCAGAGCAGCAAGCAGCUCUGGAGAAGUUACGUUUAGCAGUGCAGGGCGAUGUGCAGAGGACAGCAUAUGCAGCUAUUGAUCCUCGAGAAAGACUUAAGCAGUUGCUCGCGGUAAAACAAGCAUACACACAAUUCCAACCGGUCGCUCCAUUCUUGCCUUCUCGUGAUUCAGAACUCCCUUCUCUCUUGGCUGCGCGAGCCAUCCAGCAGACUGUCAAGGAGACCAAAGACGCAAUAGCAAGCACAGAAGCACGACUUUCUAGAACUGAAUCGACCCUACAGAAAGAGAAUGCAAACUUACGCGACGCACAUCUACUCGCCCAAGCUCUGGAAGGGCGGCUUGAGCGGCUGCGAGCUCAAAGUCAGGAUCGAUCGCAGAAGACACCAGCACAGCUCGCAAAAGACCUUAUAGCAGCUAAGCGCGAGCAGAAGGAGAUCUAUGACGGGGAGUUCGCCCGGCUCGGCGAAGCAUUUCACGAAUUUGUCACUGAGAUUUUGUCACCAAUGCUUGCAGCUGAAGAACUUGGAGGGCCGGUCGUCGGAGACCUGCCAGAGGUCGAAGACGACAUGCUGGCCGUGGGAUUCACGAAGAAGGGCAAGGUGAAAUCGACGAAGAAGGCACCUUCUGAUACUUUGAGACAGCGUAGGAUUGACCAAAUCUGGGGUGACAAGGCGAUGGACGAGGGCGAACAGCUAGGAGAGGCCGAAGCAGCCGACAAUGACAUGCGAAAGCUGAUCGAGAGUCUUUUUGCUACAUUGACUGGCCCGGGAGGAGGCAAGGCUUACUGUGACCUCGAGCGCGAUUCUGCCGCCUCGAGAUUUCUGGUUAGGGCGAAGAUAGCACAGUAUCAUCCUCGAGAUGCGCGAAAGCUACGGUUGAUAGACUUUGGACGAGAACUCGACGACUGACAUCAUUAAACGAAGGGU